GUACGUGUACGUUGACUGUGAGAGAGUGUCAGAAGUAAUAGUGCCGUGGAAAGAGAGAAAGAGGGUGUUGGAGCUGUCUCGACGCCGUUCUAUUUUCGUCGGCGCGCCACUGCUGGCCCAGAUUCAACGCGACCGUCACGAGAGAAAGAGAGAGAGAGAGAGAGAGAGAAGAGAAGAGAAGAGAAAGAGCGAACGAGCGAGCAAGCAAGCAAACAAGUUACCUUCUUCUCUUGUGUCUCUCUCUUUACGGAAAAAGAGUGAAAGAGUCGAACGAAACAAUCGAAUAUCUCUCUCUCAUAGCGAAAAAGAAAAUCGCGCAUACCGAAACUCCCCGAUCGACCAAUCACCGGUGUCCGCGGCCGUUCACAGUGCCUCGUCGUCUUUCGUUCAGCACGUAUCGUUCUCAUUCUCUCGUGGGUCUUCCUUCUGUGCGUUUAGUUAAAUAUAUAUAUAUAUAUAUAUAUAUAUAUAUAUACAUAUUUUUGUUCGUUUCCUUACUUUUCUUUGAUCGUGUUCUAACCUUGCCGAUUGCCAUCGGUAGUCAAUCAUCGUGUAUAUAGUUCUUCGGCAAUUUUGUUCCACAAAUCUCGCGUUAUCGUCAACGAAACGAGGACCAAACGUGAAGUACGCAGCCUAGUCCUGGAAGAUAUUUGGAAGAGAGCGUCUCGAACGCUCCUAGAAUGUGACUUCGAAGUAAUGCUUUUCCUAGUGAGUGCAUCCUCACAUACAUGGAGUUUCAGCUGGAUAGCGCAGAGUACUGCCAGGCUCAACACAAAUAGAGAGAUACGUCCAAGCAUCGUGAUAACACCUACCAUCAGGUAUCAUUGAAGCGUGGAGCGAAGGAAAGAGAGUGAGAGAGUGAGUGUGAGAGAGAGAGAGAGAGAGAGAGAGAGAGAGAGAGAGAGAGAGAGAGAGAGAGGACCAUCGUGGGAAGAUCAAAGUAUCAGAAAUAUUUGGAUCAUCAUCGGAGAGUGUUGUUAGAGAAAAGAAAAUCAGCUAGUCAUCACGCAAAACGUAGAAGAAUUUAAUAGGAACAAUUGUUAAUUUACAUUAAUAAAUGCAAACGCCAUAGUCACCGAUCGCGCCUGAUCCAGGAGCACUUAUUGCCAAAUAGAUAAUCUUCCGAAUAGUAGUCGAAGAGAUCCCAGGUGGGAAUAAAUCGCAUAUCAACACCGCCUAAUGUAACGUAGUCCUCACCCCUUCGGCGAAAUUCGCGCUCAGCUACCCUUCCCAAGGUCUACAUGUAAACCCACUGUUCUGUCCUCUGUAAAAAAUUAACAAAGUAUUCGAUUAGUUAAAUGAAAAAAAAAAACAACUUUAUAAGACUGACAUCUAUGGGCUAAGUUGUUAAAUUCAGCCCAGCUUCGCAUAGUGUGGCACAUUUGCAAAAGAUUCGACAAAAAGGGAAACAAACAAAGAAACAAGAAAAAUAAGAAAAGAAAAAGUAAGAAUCGUAAAUUGAGCGUCGUAUAAAGUCACCCGGGCAAGGGAAAAAGAAUAAAGGAAAUUUUAAAAGUUAUCUCGUAGAAAAAGAGAAGGAAAAAGAUAUAAAACACUUGUAGUUGUAAGAGGAAAUGAGCAACAUGAGGGUAAAGGAUAUCAGGCCGGCGCCCGCCGAGAUUGAAUACAAAAACAUGAAGUUCCUCAUUACUGAUCGGCCCAAUGAUCAGACAAUUCAUACUUUUAUUCAAGAACUGAAAAAGCACAAUGUGAAAGAAGUAGUGAGAGUCUGUGAACCAACGUACAAAGUGGAAGAACUUAAGACAGAAGGAAUCAAUGUCAUAGAUUUGGUAUUUGACGACGGGACGUUUCCACCAAACGAGGUAGUCGAUGAGUGGUUCGAGUUACUAAAAAAUCGAUUCCGUGAAACACCUGAUGCUUGCGUAGCAGUACACUGUGUUGCAGGGCUCGGUAGAGCGCCCGUAUUAGUUGCUCUUGCUCUCAUCGAAUUGGGUCUUAAAUACGAAGAUGCUGUUGCUUUGAUUAGAGAAAAAAGGCGAGGCGCUAUAAACGCAAAGCAACUGGCCUACCUUGAAAAGUAUCGUCCCAAAUCACGAUUGAAGCUCAAAAAUGGACAGAAGAAUUCUUGCUGCAUCCAAUAAAUAAAUAAAUGAAAUAAAAAAAAGAAGAAGAAAAGAAACGAUCUUUUUAAAAUGAACUUACUAAUUCAUAAUUGGUAUAUCUAAUUGUAUGGGUUUCCGCGCCUGAUAACAAGUGACAUUGUACCGACUCUGUCAAAUGGCCUACCAGUGGAAAUGCAACCAAACAAUGAAUCAUUGCCAAUGGCGAUGUUUGUACCAUCCCACGUGUCUAAAAUAAGCAAUCGAGAGAGUAAUUCAGGUGCUUUAAAUCGUGGCACUUUUCAUUUACGAAAGUUGUAUAUUUAUUUUUGAUACUUAACCCAUAUUGAAUUCCAUAGGACAAAAUAAGCGUUUAUAUUGUAAGAACUCUAACUCUAACAUAAAAGAACGAGUAUUACCGAAUGCUGAAAUACAUUUACACCGCUUGUCAAAUUUGAAAUCGCAUUAAAUUGUAUAUUAUAUGAAAUAUAUGUCAGAAAUUUUCUUUUGCUUUAUAUCUUCGGAAUAUCUAUCGAUCUAUUUUGUUAGAGAGUUCUGGAGGCCAAUCCACAGACUUACAUAGUAGUACAACAUCACGUUAGACGAUCGAUGAGAUAUUUUAGCAUGCGAUUGUAUCGGAUGCUUAUCGUUUAACCGAUCGAUCUCUGAUGAACAUGGUUCCUUUCGCGUUGAGAUUAUGCAAAGCUGUGAAAUGCAGCUUCCAGAGGAAUUUAGUGCAAUACGAAUGGCGCAUAAGAUUUUUUCGAGAUGAAUAAAGCAUAGCACCGUGUAUAUAUCUGUUUAAUAUUAAACAAAAAAAGAAAUCAUUUGA